UCGGCCGCGCUCGGGUCGGCGGGCUGUAUGGGGAAAGCGGCCGCUUCGUGCCGAGGCGGCGGCUGCGGCGGCCGCUCCCGCGGGCUCUCGUCGCUCUUCACGGUUGUCCCCUGCCUGUCCUGCCACACGGCGGCGCCGGGCAUGAACCCGUCUGCGCCCGGCUCCGAGCCGGAGCCAAAGCCUCAGCCCCAGCCAGUGUCGGAGCCCGAGCGGGUGUCUGAACAGGUGUCGGAGCCAGUUUCUGUGCCGCUGCCCAGAUCGGAGCCUGCGUCCAAGCCGGUGUCUGGGCCGGGGCCAGGGCCCGGGCCGGACUCAGAAGUGAUGCUGGGGCUGGGGGCGGGCCCAGGUGUAGGGGCUGGGCCCUUCACCAAGUCCGCCUCGGAACAGCUGCCGGUCCUGGGGCCGCCAGUGGGGAGCAUGCCCUUGACCAAACUCGCGUCAGCGCCCCUGCCGGCGUUAAAGCCCCAGGCUCUCCCGCGACCGGUACAGGCAAGGGGAGCGUCUUUGGGGCAAGCGUCUGCUGGCGCGACCUCCUCCGCCCCCACGGUGUUACUGCCUCUGGACAGCUUCAGGGGCUGGCUCCUCAAGUGGACCAACUACCUGAAGGGCUAUCAGCGCCGCUGGUUCGUGCUCAGCAAUGGCCUCCUGUCUUACUACAGAAAUCAGGGGGAGAUGGCCCACACCUGCCGUGGAACCAUCAACCUGUCCACAGCGCACAUUGAGGCGGAGGACUCUUGCAGUAUUGUGCUGUCCUGUGGGGCAAGGACCUACCACCUCAAGGCCAGCUCGGAGGUGGAGCGGCAGCAGUGGAUCACCACCCUGGAGCUGGCCAAGGCCAAGGCUGUCCGCAUGAUGAACAGCCACUCAGAUGACUCUGGGGACGACGACGACCAGAGUGCCUCCCCGUCCGACAAGAGCGAGCUCUGCCACACCAUUAAAAACCUCUCCUUGAAGUUAGACGACCUGAGCACCUGCAAUGACCUCAUCGCCAAGCACGGCGCUGCCCUCCAGCGCUCCCUGAGCGAGCUGGACACCCUCAAGGUCCCGUCUGAGAGCGGCGAGAAGCUGAAGGCCGUGAACGAGCGCGCUACCCUCUUCCGCAUCACAUCAAAUGCUAUGAUCAACGCCUGCAGGGACUUCCUGGAACUAGCAGAGGUACACAGCCGGAAAUGGCAGCGGGCGCUGCAGUAUGAGCAGGAGCAGCGCAUCCACCUGGAGGAAACCAUCGAGCAGCUGGCCAAGCAGCACAACAGCCUUGAGCGGGCCUUCCGCAGCAGCGUCCCGGGCCGGGCCACCAACCCCUCCAAGAGCUUCAGCGAGGGAAGCCUCUUGACUCCCAAAGGAGAGGACAGUGAGGAAGAUGAAGAUACCGAGUACUUUGAUGCCAUGGAAGACGCCACAUCUUUCAUCACUGUGAUCACCGAGCCCAAGGAGGACAGAAAAGCCGAGGGUGGGAGUGGGGCAUGUCCUGUGGACGACUGGUCCGUGGCCGACAGUGUGCUGGACAGUGCCUCGCCCGGGCGCCCCUCCAAGGUGAAGAGGAGGAUGCGCAUCCCCGACAAGCCCAACUACAGCCUUAACCUCUGGAGCAUCAUGAAGAACUGCAUCGGUCGGGAGCUCUCUAAGAUCCCCAUGCCGGUGAACUUCAACGAGCCCCUGUCCAUGCUCCAGCGGCUGACGGAGGACCUGGAGUACCACCACCUGCUGGACAAGGCCGUGCACUGCGCCAGCUCGGUGGAGCAGAUGUGCCUGGUGGCCGCCUUCUCCGUGUCCUCCUACUCCACCACCGUGCACCGCAUCGCCAAGCCCUUCAACCCCAUGCUGGGGGAGACCUUCGAGCUGGACCGCCUCGAUGAAAUGGGCCUGCGUUCCCUCUGUGAGCAGGUGAGCCACCACCCUCCCUCGGCUGCGCACCAUGUGUUCUCCAAGCACGGCUGGAGCCUCUGGCAGGAGAUCACCAUCUCCAGCAAGUUCCGGGGCAAAUACCUCUCCAUCAUGCCGCUAGGUGCCAUCCACUUGGAAUUCCAGACCAGUGGGAACCACUACGUGUGGAGGAAGAGCACCUCAACCGUGCACAACAUCAUCGUGGGCAAGCUCUGGAUCGACCAGACAGGGGACAUCGAGAUUGUGAACCAUAAAACCAAGGACCGGUGCCAGCUGAAGUUCUUGCCCUACAGCUACUUCUCCAAAGAGGCAGCACGGAGGGUGACGGGAGUGGUGAGCGACAGCCAGGGCAAGGCCCACUAUGUGCUGUCAGGCUCGUGGGACGAGCAGAUGGAGUGCUCCAAGAUCGUCCACAGCAGCCCCAGCAGCCCCAGCUCCGACGGAAAGCCGAAGACCGUGUACCAGACCCUGCCGGCCAAGCUGCUAUGGAAGAAGUACCCGCUGCCGGAGAACGCGGAGAACAUGUACUACUUCUCGGAGCUGGCCCUGACCCUCAACGAGCAGGAGGAGGGCGUGGCGCCCACCGACAGCCGCCUGCGGCCGGACCAGCGGCUGAUGGAGAAGGGGCGCUGGGACGAGGCCAACAUGGAGAAGCAGCGGCUGGAGGAGAAGCAGCGCCAGAUGCGGCGCCGACGGCUGGAGCUGUGCGCCCGGAGCGGUGUCUGCGGCGCGGAGGAAGCAGAGAGAGAGGCGGACGCGUACGCGCCGCUGUGGUUUGAGAAGAGGCUGGACCCGCUGACCGGGGAGAUGGCGUGCGUGUACAAGGGCGGCUACUGGGAGGCCAAGGACAAGCAGGACUGGCACAUGUGCCCCAACAUCUUCUAAGCGCCACCUUCCUCCAGCAAAUACAGGCGCCUGCACACCCGGUCCACCUUUUUCUUUAAUGCACUCAGUUUAGUACUGAACUGCCCUUCUUCCCUCGCCCCCACCCCGCCCCACUCCCCUCCCCCUCCCACACACACACAUUCCUUUUCCUUUCUUUUUUUUUAACACUUACUUUUUGGGGGCUACCACCUUGGAAGGAGGAAGUGCUGGCCCUAUCUCUGUGACCCUCUCCAACAUGGACUUGGGGGCCCCAGCUCCCCAGUUACUACACUCAGGCCGGGUGGGUGCUGGCCAUGGGCACCCAAGUCACCAGCCCCAACCCAGGGAGGAACUGACCUGUCUCCUAGGGAGCCUCUCUUUUGACGUUUUUAAAAAACUAUCUCCAUUUCUUUCCAGUCAUGAGAUUUAGUAAAUAUUUUUAGUACAACACGAAGCAGACUUUUCCAAGUGUGCUUUCUUGCCACAGUAGUGUCCUGGCAAGAGCCCUUUCUUUCUAAGAGAUCAGGAAGCAGACCUCUUUGAGGUGGGAGCAUUUUGUAGCUCAACAUAGCAAGGUCCCAUGAAUCCCAGCUGCUCCCCCCACCCCCACCCCUAGGAGCCCAGGGUCCCCUGGAGAACGAAACCAAGGGGUGGGGGGCCCACCCUGGAGUCCUUGAGUUACAACCCCUAUCCACCCACCUGGGGGUGGGGGUUUGGCACUGAGAGGGCCACAAAGUGGCUUUGAGGGCAACAGCCCAUGCCUAGCCCUGGCACGUUGGGGUGUCUCCCUGGCCCUAAAGAGGCCAGGAAGGGUGGUAGGCAGGGCUCACAGGUGCUCCCUACCCCAUAACCAGGCCCCAAAUCAGCAAUAAUGAACAAACCUUUGGCUCAGCCUGGGCUGCUGACCUGGGCACCAGAUACCCAGCAUCCUGCCUUGUCCUCAGGCCACUCCAGAGGGUGCCCCAUCUCAGUGCCCCCUGAACCCUUUGCCUAAUUUAUAUAUAUGAUAUAUAAAUAUAUAUAUAUAUAUAAUAGCUAUUUUGCUUAAAUUUCUAUGGUACGUGAAAGUGAAAAAAUGAUGAAGACAGGGUGGCCCUGUCUGAGUUUGGCCCUCGUGUCAGCCCCUGCCCUGUCCUCUCCUUGCAUCCCCUUCCAAAGGCUUCUGCCCUACUCCAACCCUUCCUCCUUCCAUUUUGGUCCUGAAGGGUCGUCACGGGGUUUUUCUUUCUACUCCAGGACUGGUUUGGCUUUUGUAAAAAAUAAGUGAAAACACCAAUGUCUGAAAUGCCUUAUGGCACCCACACAAGAGUCCCGCAGGGCAGGGGCAGGCCGAGGACAGGAUGGCCCCAUCCCGGGCGUCUCCAUCAGGGCUGUUGAUUGUACCUCUUUUGACUACUAUUUGUGAGCAAGCUCCUUUUGACCAGUAAUAAUAAACCUUGGAUUUGGAGUUUUCCACCA